AUGACUGAAACAUCGUCAACAAAUAGUGAAACUGGAGACACUGAUCUAUUAGAUCGACAAUAUACGACAUUUAGUAAGCGAUUAAAAAAUUAUAAAGAAAUUGAAGAAAAACAUCAGAAGGAUAUUCAAGAAUUACAUAUAGACUAUGAACUAAAAUUAAAGAAACAAACUGAAAUUAUUCAAAAUCUCGAAGAAAAUAUGCAUCAGAUUAAACAAGAAAAAGAAGAAUUAUUAGAAAAAUUAAAAGAAUUUCAAAUAUCUACCAAUACAACAACUGGGUUUCAUGAACAAGUCAAAACAAUAGAGAUUGAAGAUAAAAUAUUUGUUGAACGUUCAUUAUUUGAUAGGAUUAGUGUUGGUUAUGCCUCUUUAUUGGAUGAUGUCAAAAAUUUAGAAAAUGCAUGUGCCAAUUUAAAUGUGAUCAUUGAUGAUCGUGAUCAAGAAAUUGAACAUUUAAAACUUAAUUUAAAUAAUUAUAAAAAACAACAGAAUGGUGAUAGUGAUCAGAUUAUUCUAUUUCAAGACUUACUUAAUAAAGAAGUAGAAAAAAUUGUACAAAUAUUUAACAAACGAUUGUUAAAAACAAGAACAGAUUUUGAACAUUUAUAUUCAAAACAAGUUACUUAUAUGAAGAGAAAAUUGGAUCUAUUGAAAGAUGGACAAACUCUAAAUUAUGAAAAUUUUCUUGCAAAAACAUUAGAAAAUUAA